GGAGAGGCGGGAGGCGGGCUAAGUUUGGUGGGAAACUUUACAAUUUCCUUUUUUUUUUUUUUUUUUUUUGCUUCACUAGUACAGAACCCAGAAUGGAUGUUCUCCUUAUAGCCAUUCUUGCUGUGCCGCUCAUCCUGGGACAAGAAUAUGGUGAUGAACCAGACUUGAAUUAUUAUUACAAUGUUGCCUAUUACUAUACAGUCACCCCCAACUAUGAUGACUAUGGCGUCAAUUUCACUGUUGAUUACUCCAUAUUUGAGUCAGAAGACAGGCUGAACCAGUUGGAUACAAAGGUAAAGGAAACAGAGACUACCAUGAGUCAUGAAACAGAACAUGUGGACCAUCAGGAGCCUGUGACAGUGGAACCAGUGACAAUGAACCCUCUGACAACAGAACCUGUAAUAGUGGAACCCGUGACUAUGCAGCCCAUGACUACAAAACCUGUGACAAAGCAACCACAGACCCCAGAUCUGAAUGAUGCUGUCUCCAGUCUGCAGAGCCCCGUUUUCCUCCUCCUAUCCUGGAUCCUCCUUCAAGCUGGGAUGUAUUUCACGUAAGGAGCGAGAAGACUUAACUUUUUUUUUUGGAUGGGCCUUAGGAAGAGGAAAUUGGAAGACAAAAUAAAUGAAAUAAUCUGUUUACUCUC